AUGGCUGCUAUUAAAGUUGGUAUUAACGGUUUCGGUAGAAUCGGUAGAUUAGUCAUGAGAAUUGCCUUGGCUAGAAAAGACAUUGAAAUUGUCGCUGUCAACGAUCCAUUCAUUGGUGCUGAAUAUGCUGCUUACAUGUUCAAAUACGACUCCACCCACAGAACCUACGAAGGUGAAGUUAAAGCUGAAGGUGAUGCUUUGAUCAUUGAUGGUCACAAGAUCCACGUCUUCCAAGAAAGAGACCCAAUUAACAUUCCAUGGGGUAAGAACGAUGUUGAAUACGUCAUUGACUCCACUGGUGUUUUCACCAAGAUUGAAGGUGCUCAAAAACACAUUGAUGCUGGUGCCAAAAAAGUUAUCAUCACUGCUCCAUCUGCUGAUGCUCCAAUGUUCGUUGUUGGUGUUAACGAAGACAAAUACACCCCAGACUUGAAGAUCAUCUCCAACGCUUCUUGUACCACUAACUGUUUGGCUCCAUUGGCUAAAGUUAUUAACGAUACCUUCGGUAUUGCUGACGGUUUGAUGACCACUGUCCACUCCAUCACUGCUACCCAAAAGACCGUUGACGGUCCAUCCCACAAAGACUGGAGAGGUGGUAGAACUGCUUCUGGUAACAUUAUUCCAUCUUCUACUGGUGCUGCUAAAGCCGUCGGUAAAGUUAUCCCAGAAUUGAACGGUAAAUUGACUGGUAUGUCUUUGAGAGUUCCAACCACCGAUGUUUCCGUUGUUGAUUUGACUGUUAACUUGAAGAAAGAAGCUACUUACGAAGAAAUUUGUGCUGCUGUCAAGAAAGCUGCUGAAGGUCCAUUGAAGGGAGUUUUAGGUUACACUGAAGAUGCCGUUGUCUCUUCCGACUUCUUGACUUCUUCUUACUCCUCUGUCUUUGAUGCUAAAGCCGGUAUCUUGUUGACCCCAACUUUCGUCAAAUUGAUCUCCUGGUACGAUAACGAAUACGGUUACUCCACCAGAGUUGUUGACUUGUUGCAACACGUUGCUAAAGUUUCUGCUUAA